GAAGAAGCAGAAGAAGAAGAAGCAAAAGAAGAAGAAAUCAAAAUUAGGCUUAGCAGCAAGCUAGAUAGGGGAAAAAGUGAAAUGAAAUGAGCCAAUGUAAAAUGAGCGGAAGCAGAUAUUUCCGGGGGUUUGUCAUUUGAAGCCAGCACAACUGUCAUAAAAUUACAAUCCAUAAUCAUGUGGUGACCUAUCCUGAAACCAAAAGGUGCAUCAGGACCAGCCAGAAGGAGCUUUCUAGCAUAGAUGAAGCAUGAAGAGCCCAGUGCACCGAUGCAGGGACGUGGAGCACAACCGUGGGCAAGCGUGGGCAGGAACCACUUUCUUACAGGCCGAGCAACGCAUCCCCAUCUCCAAGGACGUCAUCACCUCCUCGUCUGCUUCCGCCAUGUGGUUCAUUAAGGACGCCUGUGGCAUCAUUUGCGCUCUCAUCACGUGGCUGCUAGUUUUGUAUGCAGAGUUUGUAGUACUGUUUGUCAUGCUGCUGCCCUCCAAGAAUCUGACGUACAGCAUUGUCAACGGGUCUUUGUUCAACGCUCUGGCCUUUCUUGCCCUCGCCUCACACGUCAGAGCCAUGUGCACUGAUCCUGGGGCAGUGCCCAAAGGCAAUGCAACCAAGGAAUACAUAGAAAGCCUUCAGCUGAAACCAGGACAGGUGGUCUACAAAUGUCCCAAGUGCUGUAGCAUCAAGCCUGACCGAGCACAUCACUGCAGUGUUUGCAAACGCUGCAUACGGAAGAUGGACCACCAUUGCCCCUGGGUCAACAACUGUGUUGGGGAGAACAAUCAAAAGUACUUUGUGCUAUUUACUAUGUACAUUGCACUUGUCUCUCUCCAUGCUCUAUUCAUGGUGGUUUUCCACUUUCUCUACUGCUUUGAAGAAGAUUGGACAAAGUGCAGUUCCUUCUCUCCACCAGCAACAGUCAUCCUCCUCAUACUACUGUGCUUUGAGGGUCUCCUCUUCCUCAUCUUCACCUCUGUGAUGUUCGGUACCCAAGUCCACUCCAUCUGUACUGAUGAAACUGGAAUCGAACGCUUGAAGGGUGAAGCGGGCAAGUGGGAGAAGACGCCGUGCUGGGAGGCCAUGAAGAUGGCGUUCGGGGGCCCCUUCUCCCUGACUUGGUGCAGUCCAUUCUCUGGGUUGAGCUGCAAGAAGAACCCCGCAGAGCUUAGCCCUUUUCCGCAGGGCGACAUCAUCGAGGAGGAUGUCAUUGAGAUCCCGUUCAACUAGGACUGCUUGCACACAGCCAUGUUGGUAGGCCACACUUUAUUUCAUACAAUACUGAAACUCAAAUGAAAUAUAUUUUUAUCUCCAUAAUAUUUACAGUCCUGUGGGGAGAAAAAAAAGAAUAUACCAAAAGAAUAUAGAAUAGUCCCUUAUCUGUGCCAAGGGCAGAUUUUUUUUGUUCCUUCUCCCAAAACAUAAAGCAACGAUGAGGGACCACAUUAAGAUUUCAAAAUGGCAGCUUUAAAAUCAUUCCCAACAUGCAAUAAUGAGAAUGCAGUCAUAGCUUAAUCUACCUUGGAUCAAAUAAUAUAUAUGUCUGUGGUCGCCUCUGAAAUCAGUGUUGGGUCAGCCAGCGCUUCACGUUUUGUUAGGUCUAGCCUUGAUGCCAUUUAUGUUCAGUUUUCUUCAGACUACAUAUGUAUUCUGCAGUACUGUACUUGUGCAGCCGUGACCAAAGGUUUAGCAAUUCUUCAGGCAAUAGGGUCUGAUCCCUGAUGACAAUAGUGAAAAUCUGUGUAAUUGAUGUCACACUAAAAAGGGUUAUAACUGUGGAUGCCACAAGAGGGUGGCAAAGCACUAUUUUUGACUAAUUGGAACUCAAACCACUUCAAUAGGGCUUAGUGCAGGGGUCCCCAAACUUUUUCCUGUGAGGGCCACAUAACCUUUCCCUUCUCUGAUGGCGGGCCGGUGGCAGUUUGUAACAGAAAAAGUGUGACGAUCGUAGGGGAGCUUAAAAAAAAUAUUGUUUUCCAGAAAGCCACACAUAACCAAAUAACGGUUAUUUAAUAACCCUUUCCAGGUUCUUUACAGAAAAAAAGUCAGGAAACAAAUAAUAACACUAUUAAUGAAAUAAAUAAUAACUAAACCCUCUCUGAGUUCUUCACAGAAAAAACAGGAAAUAAAUAACUAAAUAACUCUCUCUGGGUUCUUCAUAGAAAAAAAAACAUGGAACAUUAACUUUCUGUUGUGCCAUGAACAAUCUUAACAGAUAAAAGUUCAGCUCAGUUGUCAGAGCAGAACCUCUCUGACACAUAUGAGCAGUCUCUUAAAGUUCUUGUGUUCCUUCCUUAUAAUCCUUUUGUAGGUUCCAGUAGGCUUGUAGACACUGCUGUCUUUUUUGUUAAAGUUUGAUAGUGCGUCAUAGUCUGGAGUAAAAUUUGUUGUGGCAAUUCUUAGGCGAGAUCCGAGGUGUUUGUCCGUUUACCUCGAUCUGUGACGGGUAGAUGUUGACGUUCAUGUGGCUGAACGUCACGUCGCGUACGUCGAGCCAAAUUGGCAACUCUUUUAAACGCUCGGCACUGUGUUCACCCUGCUUUACUUGGGCGACAUUUUAACGGAAGGAUUCCAGGGGAAGGUUUGUGGGUGGCUUUAGCGCAAAACUGCAUCUGAAAGCUCAGCGCGCAAAUUACAAGAAUGCUGUCGUCACAGCCCACGCUCUAAAUUCGGGACUGAUACAAAUAGAGCGCGAGUGCGCCAUGUCCGUACACGCACUUGUGAGUGUGCACCGAGCUUUCUGACACGGCUUCCGGUAGUAAAUGCGCAGGCGAGCGCUUCCCCAUCUACUGGGCAAACGCAGUCAUUGCAGGCAAAAUGAGCAAAAAAAAAAAAAAAAAAAGUUUAAUAAUACAAUUUGUUCAGGGUUGGCGGGCCGGAUUAAACGGUCCCGCGGGCCGUAUCCGGCCCGCGGGCCGUAGUUUGGUGACCCCUGGCUUAGUGACACAAUAGUACUUUUAUUUUUUUUCAGAGGGUAAGUUUCCCUAAAAUGUGGGGAUUAACUUUCAACUCAAUGUUGUGUAAUACUUUGUGCUGCUUCUGUUUUCAUGUUUAAUCAUAUUGAUUCUCUAUAAGCAUAUAUGGACACAUAGUUUUUGUUUAUUUGCAUUUUUCCAUAGACAAAAAUGCUAUCAACAUUAUUCUUUCCACAAAGGUGCAAAAUUGCCAAAGAUACUGCCAUCAAUGUGUACUCACUAGAAAAUUAUCAAGUUCAUUGUCUUGAGUGGCGGACUUGUGUUGCUGCCUUUUAUGAAUGAAUGGAUCCUUCUAACUUUUCUAUUUUCAACGUAUUUUACAGGCAUUGCCGGUUUUUAAAAUUGUAUUUUUUUUAAGAACAAAAUGUGUCCAACAAGGGGAGAAAACUAUUUAAACGUUAAAUGUGUUACAGCAGCAAAGUUAGUGUAAUGCUAACUUUGAGUCACUGCAAAGAUGUGACAGUUUUGUCUGACUUUUAAUGUAAUAUCCUUGCAAACACGAGAAAAUCCUGUACUGCCUAUUCCAAAGUAAAUGUUAUUUUAAGAAUGUUGUGACAAGAACUAUUGUGCUUUCUGUUCACUACUACCUGUUGGCUUUACCGAGGUGGCAGCUGAGUGACUAAAUGAACACCAAACGUAGCACUAAUACUCUAGAGCUCAUUGUAUCCACUUUUGUCAUUGCCACUGUGCCUUAUCUUCCUUUACGUUUAUGAAUCGAUUUGUCUUGUUUAAAUUAUGUCGGAUGUUGUUUAUUUAGGUGGCAGUAUGAGGGCUUUUAACUCAUUAAAUGGGUGCUAAAAAUCA